CUUUUUCUUCCUCUUUUAUUUUUAUAAUAUAAUAUGGCUACACUCGCGUUAAAUGAAUAUAUUGAAGACCCCAAUGCCCAACAAAGGAAAGAAUGGGAAUCGAUACAAGAACAGCUGCGGAACAUGAUAGUAUUAGAUGACCAAGUAGAUUUUGACACGAAUAGUUUUGAAGAUCUACAAUAUAUUGGUGGUGUAGAUCUCAGUUUUCCUGGUGGGGAUGAUAUGGAACAUGCUGUGGCCUGUCUAGUUGUGAUGAAGUAUCCAUCUUUGGAGGUUGUAUACACUGAUUUUUUGGAAACUCGAUUAUAUUUACCUUACAUUGCUGGCUUUCUAGCUUUUCGUGAAGUGGAACCUUUGCAAACAUUAUUGAAUCGUUUGAAAACCAAUCAACCUUCAUUUUACCCUCAAAUUCUUCUUGUUGAUGGUAACGGUCGAUUACAUCCGCGGAAGUGUGGGAUUGCUUGUCAUUUAGGGGUGGUGGCAGAUAUACCUACGAUCGGUGUCGGUAAGAACUUUUUAGUGAUUGAAGAUGGACCUGAAUUACAGAUGCAGUACGUCAAGGAAAAGACAAGGCAGUAUUUAAACAAACGAGGUGAUCGAUGGCUACUAAAAGGAUCAUCAGGUAUCAUUUAUGGAGCAGCCGUUCGAACAGUAGACACAGCACCAAAUCCUAUUUAUAUCAGUCAAGGUCAUCGGAUAUCUCUGGAUACAGCUAUUAGGAUUAUCUUGGCAACCUCUCAAUACCGUAUUCCCGAACCUAUUCGACGCGCAGAUCAAGACAGUAGGACAUAUAUUCGAACCCAUAAGACCAUUGGGAAUGAUUAGAACUUUAGUAAUUGUCAGUCCAUAUGUUUUUUGUAUUAGACAUUUUG